AAUUUGCUGAAUCCCAAUUAAUACUUAAACAUGUUUUAUUGUUUGCUUUUCAUGUUCUCUCCCAAUCCAUGCACCUUUCCUUUUCUCUAUACUACUCUUUGCUUCCUUAAAACAAACUAAACUAUUUGGUUUUACUUAUAAUUUUAGUUAUUUUUUGUGUUCUUGAAUUGGGGACAAUGAAGGGUGCAAUAACAAGAAAAUGUAACGUUCUUGUUCUGAUUUAUGUGGUUUUGUUGUCUGUUGGGUGGUUUGUGAUGUGUAGAGGGGAAAUUAUAGAUUCAUCAUUGAUUUCACCAAUGGAAAAGGAAGAACAAGAAAUGUUGUAUUCUGCAAUUCAAGGGUUUGUUGGAGAUUCAUGGAAUGGUUCAGAUCUUUAUCCAGACCCUUGUGGAUGGACUCCAAUUCAGGGGGUUUCUUGUGAUUUAUUCAAUGGCUUAUGGUAUGUGAGCACAAUCAACAUUGGACCAGUAUUAGACAACUCUCUAAAUUGUGCACAUAAUGCAAAAUUCACUCAUCAUUUAUUCAAUCUCAAGCACCUCAAAUCUCUAUCAUUUUUCAAUUGCUUCUUUUCCCAUAAUAACCCUACAAUAAUCCCCACUUCAAAUUGGGAAAAACUUUCCAACUCCUUGGAAUCUUUAGAAUUUAGGUCAAAUCCUGGCCUUAUUGGGACUAUUCCAUUGUCUAUAGGAUACCUUAAAAAUCUUCAAUCACUUGUGCUGCAAGAAAAUGGACUAACCGGCACGUUACCGAUGGAGUUGGGCAAUUUAGUCAAUUUGAAGCGGCUUGUGCUUACUAGAAACAAUUUCACUGGCCGGAUUCCGACGAGUAUCGGAGGAUUGUCUGAGCUAUUAAUAUUCGAUUCAAGUAUGAAUUUUCUAUCCGGGUCUUUACCGUUGACUAUUGGAGGGUUGACUUCAUUAUUGAAGCUUGAUUUGAGUAACAAUAAGUUAGAAGGUAAAAUACCCAAGGAGAUUGGAAAAUUAAAAAAUGUUACAUUAUUUGACUUGAGAGGUAAUAAUUUUUCAGGUGGAUUAAUUCAGUCAUUUCAAGAAAUGGGAUCUCUGAAAGAAUUGGUGAUGUCAAAUAACCCUAAUUUAGGAAGUGAUUUAACGGGAAUUGAAUGGAAAAAUUUGCAAAAUUUGGAAAUUUUGGACCUUUCUAAUACGGGGCUAAUAGGCAUAGUUCCUGAUUCUGUGGCAGAAAUGAAAAAAUUAAGAUUUUUGGGACUUAAUGACAAUAAACUUUCAGGUAGUGUCCCUUCAAGAAUUGAAAAUAUGCCUAAUAUUUAUGCUUUAUACCUAAAUGGAAAUAAUUUUACAGGAAUUCUUGAAUUUUCAGAAAUUUUUUAUUCAAGAUUGGGAAGAAGAUUUGGAGCUUGGAACAAUCCAAAUCUUUGUUACAAGUCAUCAUCAAGUUAUUUUCCAUUUGGGGUAAGAACUUGUUUUCAAGAAACAAAAAUUUCCCAUGAAGAGUUAAAUGCUAAAAUUGGUGAAGGUAAUUUUGAUCAGAAUUAUUCAUUACUUGUUGUUGAAGCUUCUUUAGGACAUUCAAGUUUUGUAUUUUGUGGGUUUUUGUGGGGUUUUAUAGUGCAAGGAUUCAUCAGUUUUCUUCUUUGUAAUACUAUGUUUUUGUGAUUUAAUUCUUGUACUUUGAGAAAAUGAGCAAAACAAAUUCCCAUUCAAGUACAAUUUUAUUUUAAA